AUGGAAAGAAUAAUACGCUCAUUGAAUUACGAUCUGCAAUUCGAUAAAGACGCCCAACAUAUUUUGGAAAAUAGUCACACGGAUCAUACGUCUGCGAAUACCAUAACACUGACCUCCACGCCCACAAUUACUAGUUUGGAUUCAUCGGCAGUGCCAGUAAAUUCCCAUCACAUUACCACAACCAGUGAUUUCCUCUCGAAAUUGGGGGCCUCCAUUAUCAAUUCCAUACAAUUGCAAACCUCACCCCUGAAUCUACCCUCAGCCUCCGCCGUAUCAUCAUCGCCUGUUAUUAAUACCGAUAACAUGGAUUUUACCAAUUUCCAAACUCCUCAUCAUGUUGUGAUCGACUCCGUCCACUAUGAUUCCGCCAUGGAUGAACUGCAAAAGCAAGUGGAAUACGAUCAGUUUAUGAAUGAAGUUUGGAUUGGCAUUGUUUUGAUUUUGAUAUUGAUUUCAAUGGUGUUUUGCUUCUGUUCCUGUUUCCUGUAUCAUCAAUUUCGUGUGUGGAAAAGAAAUUAUCGCCACACAAUGACCCAAAGUGAUGAUGAGGAUAAUGUAAAAAUCAAUUUGGAUUUUGAGGAUCCUGUUCCCGAGUACACCUUGGUUUCCGGUCUACCCUCGUACGAGGCAGCCCUGGAGCUAUUGCAUAAAAAUCCCCAAUCCUGUCUCAUUGUACAUCCUAGUGUUUUUGAAGUUUUCAAUUGCAAUGAAAAAUCACAAAACCCAGAAAUGUCAAUGGCUGCAGGAAAUCCAACAACACAACCUCCAACUCCCACAACAGAGGUCGUGGUUGCAGCAGAAAGUUCAACACCUUUGUUGGCCGAUAAUGCCAAUAACAACAGCAAAACGCCACAGGCUUUUGUUAUAACCCCUUUGGUAACAUCAUCUGCCACAGCUGUGAUGACCACACCACCUCCCACCUCCUCUCCACCACAUUACAGUUUGACUAGCCUAAGUUUGGUAAAUGAGAAAUUGCCAGGUCUUAAAACACAGUCUUCUACGGACAAGACAUCGUCUUCUACAAAAACCAGUGAUAAACCAGAAAAGUCAUAA